CCACGUUGUCGAUCGCGCCAUUACAUCUUUGUUAACCAUUCCAUCUUUCUCAUAAUCGACCCACUGUACGGCCCCCAGCCAUCUCGCUAAUUACCUACAAUCCACCCGUUAUAGGGCCCAGCAAGUCUUGUCUGCUUCACUACUUUGAGUCUGAUCCCCUGCCUCCUCUGAUAAGUAAACCCUUACGCAAGAGAACCUCUGUGUCUACUAUCGUGUAGUAGUCAGCGUUACACAAAGCGAGUAGCAGCCGGCCCGAACCAUUGUUGUGAGCGGAAAUGAGGCUUUCCCGCAGGCUCUUAUCAGGGAGCCGCCAAAGCCCCAAAGCGCCAGUUCUAUUUAUCUCUAUCUGUGUUGCAUCGUGGGGUUUUUCUGCUCCACCAUGAACAGUUAUGACGGAUCUCUUCUAAACUCUCUUCUAGAGAGUAAAGACUUCCUUAAAGCAUAUAAUGAGCUAGUUCUGGCAUCUGGGCUGGAAUCGCCACGAAUAUGUACACCAUCGGUGGUGUUUGUGCUCUCCCAUUUAUCGGCCCUGCUAUCGAUACUUGGGGACGCGGAGUCGGCAUGCUCAUCGGUUCAGCGAGUGUCGUGUUAGGAACAGUGAUUAUGAGGACGGCUAUUAACCGCUCUAGUGUGGGUCAAUUUGAGGGUGGUCGUUUCCUUGUUGGGUGGGGCGUUCCCAUUGCUUGUGCUGCUGGGCCCAUGUAUGUCGUCGACGUCUCCCAUCCGGCAUAUCGUGGUAUUGUCGGUGCCUUUUAUAACACCUGGUGGUUCACUGGGUCAAUCUUAGCCAGCGGUGUCACCCGUGCUACGCAUUCCCUGCCAGGCCACCAAUCAUGGAUGACUACUCUCUGGUUCCAAAUUGCUUUCCCAGGACUGGUAUGCUUGGGGGCUUUAUUCCUCCCCGAGUCUCCAAGAUGGCUCCAUGUCAACGGCAAAUCUGAACAAGCACGGGCUAUGCUCACUCGAUUCCACGGAGAGGGCAACCCCGAUAGCGUGUGGGUAACUUUUCAAAUGCAGGAGUAUGAGGAGUAUCUUGAAUUAGACGGCUCCGACAAACGCUGGUGGGAUUACCGUGCGCUAUUCAAGAACAAAAAUACCUGGAACCGCCUAUUCUGUAACUGUGCUAUCCAAGCCAUGGGCCAAGAAGCUGGCAACUCCGUCCUCUCCUAUUUCCAAGCCGCUGCGUUCGAAACAGCCGGUAUCACAGACGAAUUCACGCAACACAACCUUACUCUCGGUAACGCGUGUGCCAACAAUUCUUCUUUGCGCUCAUCGGCGCCACGCUUGUCGACAAAAUCGGCCGCCGGCCAUUGCUCAUGUUCUCUAACCUCGCUUGCUGCGUAACCUGGGCCUCUAUGUGCAUAGCCGCCUUGAUCUUCGCCUCGUCAGGACAGACCAAUGUCGCCGCCGGGACUGCCACCCUCGCCUUCCAGUUCAUCUUCGGAGCCGCGUACUCCAUCGGUUUCACGCCACUACAAGCUCUUUAUCCAGUCGAAGUGCUGUCCUUCGAGAUGCGCGCUAAGGGUAUGGCGUUCGGCUCGCUCGUUAUGAAUGUCGUGUCGAUUUAUAACAACUACGUCUGGCUCGUUGUCCUCAAGCGAAUUGCAUGGAAGUCUUUCAUCAUUUUCUGCAUCUGGUGCUUUUGCCAGGCGGUUAUCACCUAUUUCUUUAUUCCGGAGA